GGGAGGAUAAAGAUGGAGCUGGGGCUGUACUGGGAGGAGUGUGAGGCUGUACUGGGAGGACUGGGCAGAGACUAGAUCCCGGCCCCUAGGCAUGCUGGGUAUGGUGGGAGAAGAGGACGCGCAGUAACAUACACGGCUGUAACCGCAGACAGAACAGAAGGUUCCUUAGGUACAGGACUCGCAUAGCUUUAAGAGACCAUGGUCAUUCUCACGAAAGACCCACCAAGGAUGGAGGAGGACAGAGACCACAUGUCUGGGAGGAUAUUAGACCUCACCCUAGAGAUGAUCUACUGGAUCACUGGAGAGGAUUACACAGUAGUGAAGAAGUUGUCUGGUGAGUGUGUGACACCCCGUGUGUCAGGAGGCUGGAGCAGGAGCCAGAGCCCCGCCCCCGAGGAGCCUCCACCUCAUUCACUGAUACAUGAGCAGAAGAUCCUAGAACUUACCUCCAGGAUCACUGAGCUGCUGACUGGAGAGGUGAGCGCUGCUGGGAAUGCUGGGACAUUAUACAAUAACACCAAGGUAUGAAGUGUCUGGAGGAGAAUUGUAUCAUUGUCUGUGUCAGGUUCCUAUAAGGUGUCAGGAUGUCACUGUCUAUUUCUCCAUGGAGGAGUGGGAGUAUUUAUUAGGACACAAGGAUCUGUACAAGGAUCAGGUCAUGAUGGAGGAUCACCAGUCCCUCACAUCACCAGGUAAGAGGAGAGAGCAGGUUUGUGGAUCUCCUAGAUUCCCCCAUCAUCUGAUCAUCACAUAUAACAAUGGAUUCAGUCACUGUGUUUAUUUCCUAUAGAUGGAUCCAGUAGUAUAAAUCCCCCAGAGAGGUGUCCCCGUCCUCUAUAUCACCAGGAUUGUCCAGGAAAAGAGGAUCAUCAGGUCCUUAAUGUUGGAUCCAUGCGGGAAAGUUCUGGAGGAACGAGGAGAGAACUGGAGGAACCCCGAUCAGAGAAUGACAGGGUGAGACACUCCCAUGAGCAUUUCCUUCUGUAUCCCUAUAAUGAAGUAGAAGAUGAUCAGUCACAGAUUGAAAAAACUGGACAUAAAUCUUUAGCAAGUUCUAAACAUGGGGAACAUCUAGAAAUGAAAUCUCCUCUUCCUGAGCAAGAGCGAAUUCACAUAGAUGAAAGGCCUUUGUCAGAAUGUGGGAAAUCUUUUAGUCCAAAAUCAAGUGUCGUGGAACAUCAGAGAACUCGCACAGGAGAGAAGCUUUUCUCAUGUUCACAAUGUGAGAAAUGUUUCAGUAGGAAAUCGCACCUUGUUUGUCAUCAGAGAACUCACUCAGGGGAGAAGCCUUUUUCAUGUUCAGAAUGUGGGAAAACUUUUAAUCACUCAUCAGCUCUUGCUAAUCAUUACAGAAUUCACACUGGGGAGAAAAGAUUUUCAUGUUCUGAAUGUGGGAAAUGUUUCAUUGUGAAAACAGAUCUGGUCAAACAUGAGAGAAUUCACACAGGGGAGAAGCCAUUUUCAUGCUUGGAAUGUGGCAAAUGUUUUACUAGGAAAUCCCUUCUUGUUGGACAUCAGAAAACUCACACAGGAGUGAAACCGUUUUCAUGCUCAGAAUGUGAGAAAUGUUUCACUAGCAAAUCAUAUCUUGUUAUCCAUCAGACAACUCACACAGCGGAGAAGCCGUUUUCAUGUCCUAAAUGUGGAAAAUGUUUGAGUAACAAAUCAACUCUUGAGAAACAUCUGCGAACUCACACAGGGGAGAAGCCCUAUACAUGUACAGCAUGUGGGAAAUGUUUUAGCUAUAAGUCAAUUCUUGUCGAACAUCUAAGGAUUCACACAGGCGAGAAGCCCCAUUCGUGUUCCGAAUGUGGGAAGUGUUUCAACUACAAAUCAAGUCUUGUGCAACAUGUAAGAAUUCAUACAGGGGAGAAGCCACAUUUGUGUUCAGUAUGUGGGAAAUGUUUUAACUAUAAAUCAAGUCUUCGGGAACAUCAGAGAAUUCACACAGGGGAGAAGCCGUUUUCAUGCACAGUAUGUGGAAAGUGUUUCAACUAUAAGACAAGUCUUGUGGAACAUCUAAGACUUCACACUGGGGAGAUGUCCUUUUCAUGUAUGGUAUGUGGGAAAUGUUUUAACCAGAAAGCAGGUCUUGUAGCACAUCAGAGAGCUCAUGCAAAAGAUAAGACAAUUUAAUGUACAGACUGUAGGAAAUAUGGUAAGGGUGGGGCUCCAUAGUAGGACCAGCUGCCUCAGGAUGGGUUUGGGCAGCUGUGGUCGUGAUAUCAUGCUACGCCCCCUCCAUUCAUUUCUAUGGGAGGGGGCGUGACUACCGUCACGCCCCCUCCCAUAGACAUGAAUAGAGGGGGCGUGGCGUGACAUAACAACCAGCGUUCUGAACAUAACCCGGUGAUUGCUGAGGGGACCAGUGGGCAGACCCCCCCCGCGAUCUUACAUCUUAUGUCCUAUUCUUUCCUAUCCAUGUCUAGGGGCGGAGUACCCCUUUAAUGCUGUUGUCCUGGGUAAACACAGCUGCUUUCCAAAAACAGCACCAGAUCUGUCUACAGGUUGUUUGUGGUAUUACAGCUUUGCCCCAUUCACUUCAAUAGAGGCAAAUUACAAUACCAUGUGUGGUGCUGGUUCUGAAAAAAAAAAGUAAUGUUUUAGUUUGUUUGCUUUUUUUUUUUUAAUAAAGACAAUUCUUUAU